UCGAACCAACCUCGAGUCUCUCCCGCCGCUUCUCCAUCAGCAGGCAGCAGCUCCCUCUCCGGUGAUCGUGAGAGAAGAGAGACAUGGUUUCGCUGAAGCUCCAGAAGCGGCUCGCCGCCAGCGUCCUCAAGUGCGGCCGGGGCAAGGUCUGGUUGGACCCCAAUGAGGUCAACGAAAUCUCCAUGGCGAAUUCCCGCCAAAAUAUUAGGAAGCUUGUCAAGGAUGGCUUCAUCAUCAGGAAGCCAACCAAGAUCCACUCCCGAUCCCGUGCUCGCCGCAUGAAGGAGGCCAAGAGAAAGGGCCGUCACGCCGGAUACGGUAAGCGGAAGGGUACAAGGGAGGCGAGGUUGCCCACCAAGGUCCUUUGGAUGAGGAGGAUGCGCGUCCUUCGCCGCCUGCUCCGCAAGUACAGAGAGUCGAAGAAGAUUGACAAGCACAUGUACCAUGACAUGUACAUGAAGGUUAAGGGUAACGUGUUCAAGAACAAGCGUGUGUUGAUGGAGAGCAUCCACAAGACGAAGGCUGAGAAGGCUAGGGAGAAGACCCUGUCUGACCAGUUCGAGGCCAAGCGUGCCAAGAACAAGGCAAGCAGGGAAAGAAAGAUUGCCAGGAGGGAAGAACGAUUGGCCCAGGGUCCUGUUGAGAAGCCUGUAGCCCCACCACCCGCUGCAGCCCCGGUCGCAGAGGGAAAGAAGGGUAAGAAGUGAGACCCGUAAUGAAGAGAGAGCACUGAAGGUUAAUACUAAUUUUGGUCUUCACUUGUGUCUUUUAGUUAUCAUCAUCUAUCUUGUUAGAUUAAAAAGUUUUGCUUUACAUUUUUUUAUCCUCUGUUGGUUCUGCAACCUGUUUCUUCCUCGUGGUAGAAGAAAGAACUUCUGAAAGAUCUUGAAACCCUUUCUGUUCAGAUUCUCAUUUUUAUUGCUUUUGUUGAUCGGAUUUCGUCUUUGAUGAUGACGUGACUAUGUGAUAUCGGUUUCUGCCUAGGCGCAGAGUUUCUACAGUCAUUA